AUGGAUCCUGCUAUCAAGUCUAUAGGAUCUUCUCCUAUCCCAGCCUCUAAAAUUCUCCACAAACGGCGAUCAAUAUCAAUAUAUUCUGGAGUUCCAUUGAAUCAAGCCGAGAUUGAUCGAUUAAAAUUGUGUCUUCAAGUUAGAAGAAACAUUUCAAACGGUGAUGAUGUAGAAUUUGUCGAAAAGUUAAAUAAAACUUCCUCAAGUGGCAAUGUCUCAACUAUUGUCAAGUCGAAAUUGCGCUCAUUUGGCAGGCAAAUUCACCGGCACAUGAUUGAAACAUUCAAUGUCACCAAUGAUAUCUCUCAUGGAAUUCCACGUUCAGCUAUGGGUGAUAUUUAUUUUUCCACCUACAGUCCAUCCAAUUUGACCCCUCAAAGGAAGGUUUCAAAUCGGCAUCGUCGGGCAAAAUUGAGUCUUGAUCUUGAAGACACUCGUAGGCGUCUAGAAGUUUUUCAGCUCUAUGAUGUACUCAAUAAGUCAGCUCAGAGCUGUUCAACAUCGAAACUUAAGGAGUCAGUCCCCUUGGCUAUUAAUUAUCCUGAUAGUGGAUCAGCAAAACAUAGAAUCAUUAGUGAAAGAAGACUGUCCAUAUCAGCUCCUCAUUUGAAAUACGUAGGAAAGUUCAAUGACCCAGAAGCGAGUAAAAACCGAUCGAAUACAAGCUCCACAGAGGGAGGAGCGUCUAGUAGUAAAUCAAUCCGACCCAGAGAGGUUAGCUAUGAUGAACAAGGUCAAACUUGGGAAAUAUACGGGGCCGAUCAAGAUCCUAGCGCCCUCGGUCAGGCCAUCGAAAAUCAUCUGGAAAAGAUGAUGCAAAGAAUGCAAAGAGAACAAAGAUGUUAUUCUCUCGUAAAUGAAUAUCCUCGACAGAAUACACAUUCAACUAAGUCAAGCUCCCGUGGAUCACAUACGAAAGAGCAGAUAAUUCAGGCAGCUAGACGUCGUUUCCGCAGAAGGGCUUUAUCGUCAGCAGCUUCAAAUUCUCCCUACACAAAUACUGAAGAAAUGAGUCCUGAAGGGAAGAAUCAAGGAGGUAGACGUUCGUGCAUUCUUUCUUAUAUUUCUCGAAUUCUGCGAAGAUCAUCUACGUCCGCAUUGCCUACAAGGCGUCGUAACCUGCAACACCAGGAUUCUAUUGCGGAAUGCGGCGAACAGAACUCGAGUGUUGAAAAGUUGAUGGUUUCUGCUACAUAA